AUUCCAAGGACAUAUUAUACGCGCGACUGUUGUUACACGUCAUUUAAGAUGUUUUUCUUUUUGAUCUGUAUUUAUGUAGGUGUUUGUUUUAGUGAAGCCAAGUCAAAUCGUGUACUGCUUCGAGACGUGGACGUCAUAACUCUACAUCAUGAUAAGUUUGCCCAGUCAAGAAAAGGCUAUAGAUUACCCCAGCUCAAAUGUGUUGGUGGAAGUGGUUUCAAAUACCCUCAGUACUAUCCUAGGGUUGCUCAGUGUUAUAAUCGUGGUUUCGAUGGUCACGAUGUCCAGUGGGAAUGCAAAGCUGAACUAGAUAAGAGUGUGUCGUUUGGGUCUGUAAAUGUUAACUGUGAAGGCUAUGACUAUCCAGAAGAUGAGUAUAUUCUUCAUGGUUCGUGCGCUCUGGAAUAUGAAUUAAAUUUACGAAAACCUAUUCAGGAGAAAAGAUAUCGCAA